AUGGGCGUCUUUGCCCGGGAUCCUCCUCCAGCUGGCAGAGGCGGUGCACCUUCCUCCUCAUCCACCAUUCAAUCACAAUCUUUGCCCACCGACUUCUCGCCUGCAAACCAUCUCCCUUCAGCCUCAUCGACAAUACCCACCGAUCAACCACCAUCUGAUCCGGUCAUACCAGAUGACGAGGCUGCCCAGGACGACGACGACCAGGGUACCGUCGAUGAGGAAGCAGGCGUCAUUCGCUGCAUCUGUGGAUGCGACGACGACGACGGCUUCACCAUCCAGUGUGACAGGUGUCUCGUUUGGCAACAUUGCGCCUGCUUCGGCAUGUCGCAGGCCUCCGUGCCCGACGAGUACCUCUGCGAGCAGUGCGAACCACGUCCCGUUGAUGUCGCCUUUGCUCAAGCGCAUCAGCAGAAGCGCAAGAACAAUGAAGCUCGCAAGGCGCUCAUGGAUCGCAACCUCAAGCGUCAGCAACAAGCCCUCGCAUCUGCUACCACAUACAGCCAAUCUCAUCUAUCCCACGAUACAGUUUCGUCGCCCACAUCCGCUGCGCUUCCACUUCCUACCCAAGAGCCGGUGCCGACACAUCAACAGAGCAUCAACCACGCUCCAUCACCUGCCGCUGCCGCCCGCGCGCGAAAGCCCAGCCAGGCUCUCGACCUCACCAACACGCAGUUCGUCGUGCCAGACAUUCCUGCCAGCGCAGGCACAGUACAGAGGGGGGCCAAACAGCGCAAAGGCCACAAAGGCUCUCGCAGAGGCUAUGACACGCCGUCGGCCGUUUCGACGCCUAUUCGCGGCGUUUAUACUCCUGGCAGCUCACACGAUCGCGCAGACGACCCGUUCGACCUCGCGGAUCAGCUCGAAGCUUGGCAUAUCGAGUUCACUCCGAUAAGCAAAAAUGUCGUUGCAGAUCCCUCCGUGCUCGAAAGCCUCGCGCUUGCCAUGCUCGAUUGGGAGGACGGCAGUCCGCUGAAAGCUGUGCCGGGCCCAGCAGGUCGCGUCCUUGCCCCAACCGCACCCAGAUCCUCCACCAGCGCCAAACUCUCGCAUCUCGAAUCACUCGCUCCCUCCUCAUCGACAUCAUCGCCUUCCUCUUCGUCACCACGCGCGCCUGCCUCUCCUGCGCCUGAAUCAGAACCCAUCGGUAUCGCCGCCGUUGGUCAGGAAUGCGUCCCUGUCGAGCUUUCUGGCCCCUGCUUGGCUGAUCUCGCCUGCAGGACGUACGUGAGGCAUAUCUCCGAGUCUGCAUCUGCGGGCGUCUUUAGCAAUCUUCUCUACGUCAACAACUCAGCAGACGAGCCGCAGCGAUCCUGGUCCGCUUCACGCGCCUUCUCGAGACCAGUCAUGCACGGCCUCUUUGCCGACUCCUCCAUCCCUGCGGGUGCAUUCAUCUCUGAGCUACGUGGCGAGCUGUACAGCGCCGACACAUACCGCAACGAUCCCAUCAACCAGUAUGCCGCUCUGGGUGCCACCAAGCCUCACGUUCAUCUUCUCCCACCACCUCUCAACCUCGCCAUCGACGCUCGCAGGUUUGGAAAUGAGGCUCGUUUCGCUCGCUACAGCUGCCAUCCCAACGCUGUGCUUCGCCCCAUCCUCUUCUAUCCCAACGGACAACCUCCUGGCCGCUCUCGCACCGCCUCUAGAGCCCAGUCGCCCGCUUCAGCCCUCGCCUCGUCCGCGAGAAACAACCGAUACGCCGACACCCCGCCUGCCGAGUUUCGAUCCGACGAGCCGCAGCUUCUCUUUGGUCUCUUUGCGCUCACCGACAUUACUCGUACCCACGAGAUCACCGUCGGAUGGGAGUGGGACGAUGCCCACAUCGUCCACUUCCUGCCCGAACUAGUUCAGAAUCCGUAUCUCGAGCCGCAUGGCGACGACGUCGAUGCCGAUCAGCACACAGCUCACAUGGUCGCUCUCGCCGAGAAGGGCGAGUUCCCCUACGCCGACACCGAGUUCUCGGUCAAGAUGAGCACCGUGGCUGCGGCGCUGCUCGGCUCCGUACUUUGCGCGUGUAUAGGCUCUGCUGCUCCGCCUGGAGGCGGCGGAGGUGCCAGCGCCAACAACGGCCGCAAGCAGGACUGCGCCGUCGCUCAGAUGCUCAGGGUCGGCAACGGUAUGUCGCUCCUCAACGUCACCAUGCCAGGCAAAACCAAUCGUCGAGCCAAGCUUCCGGACUUUUCGCCACUGGUUGGGGUUCGCAGACAUUGGAGACCAAUCAGCUUGCCGCCGACACCGGACACGUCGAUUAAGGACGCCGCUUCACCGGUAGAUCAGGCCCUGCUCGCCGCUCUCGCAGCCGAAGGCGAGUCUCGCACGAUCAAGUCGCUCGACGAAGCCGCCAUCCAGGCCGAGGCCGGAUGUGGGGGCAACGAAGCAGUUGGCAGCCGCCGCAAAGGUCGGAAGGCCGGCAGAUCCAAGCAACGACGCAUCAGUAUGGCUGGCGAUGACCACAGAUCCGAUUCGGCCGCCUCUGAUCUGGACGACCACGCCGAUGAUACGCGCUCUAUUGCCUCCUCGCUCACCGAUCCCCUUUCCGGCUUGAGCGACAACGAAUUGCUAAGCGACGAUGACGAUCAAGACCUCAUCGAUGCCGUACGUGCGGUUGAUGGCCUUCAGCCGCGUCGACGAUCUGCCAAAGGCGGUGACGCUGUGGAUGCCGAGUUGUCCGGUCUGUUCCUGCUACCUCCCAAGAAACGCUCGAUGCGUACUCGCAUCAAGGCGGUCAUGGCGCCUUCCGACGACGAUGAGGCUUUCGACGGCGAUUUAAAAGGCAGAGAGGACGACAGUAUCCAGGGCAAAGCACUCAAGGGCAGGCGAUCUGCAGACAGCGUGUCCAAGUCCAAGUCAGUUUCGAAGCGCAAGAGCAAGCUCGACGCCGGACGUGCUCCGAUCGACUUUUCCUCGGACGAAGACGAGCAACUCGACGCCGCUUCCGCAAAUACCCCUGCAAAGAGGCGCAGGAAGGCGGGCAAUGUCGUGGCUCCGAGCUCGCCGCUCUCUUCUCUUCCGUCUCCUAAUUCGGCCGAUUCGACGACGAGUCCGCCUCCUGCUACCUCUCGCGAAUCGAUCAAGCGUCGUCUUGAGAGCGAAAGGCGCAUGUCGGACGUCGAGCUCGCCAAAAAGAAGCGGGCCGCCAAACGUGGCGCGGGUCGCAACAAUGAAUCGUCCAAGUCUCGUCCCAAAGAAUCGUCUUCAAAGCGGCGCAAGAGAGAGGAGGCGCGUAUUCAUCGCAACGCGAUCCUCGAUCUUGGCGAUACAGAAUCCAGCGAGGAAGGCCUCUCGGAAGACGUGUCCGAGGACGACAAGCAGCGUCCCGAUGACGACGAUGGAGAUACUACUAUGGCCGACGUCGAGAGCCGUGCAUCUACGCCGCGCGCAUCAAAGAAGGACUCUGAUUCCCGAACCAGAGAUGCGGCACCUCCUCGUGGUGACGCUCAGCUCGCCACCGAUGCCCUCCUGCGCAAGACAAGCAAGCAGGACAAGCCGGCAAUCCUCCCUGCCUCAGAAGAUCGCAAGCCCGUGCAGAAGGACAAUGUUGCAAAGACAAAAAAGGUGCGACGCAUCUUGUCCGACUCGGAAGCAUCCAGUGACGAAAAGGAGAUCCAAACCGCUGCAUCGACGCCCAAGGUGGCAGAAGAGGACCCAUCUCGGCUGGACAUGGCAGAGCAGCCAGCCAAAAGCGUGCCAAUGGACACGGAAGCGGCUGCCAAACCCAAUAUUGAGGAAGACGCGGCGUCUGCCGAGACCACAGCGGCCAGUCUGACGCCUGCACCUGUCCCAGAGGUCAAAAAGGAAGAGCCAAGAGUCAAGCUGUCUCUGGCCGAGUACAAGCGUCGACUCGCCGAACGCCGCGUGUCGGGGCAACAGAAUGCCUCGUCAUCGGCAACUCCGCUCACACCGACUAGUGCCACGCCAACUUCGGAGGUGGGCCCAUCGCCCUCGCCAGCACUUGAGAAGAGCGAACCCGUGCUCGUUCUCCCUACUCGGUCAUCUGAGCCAAGUUUGACCGCGGUGGCAGCUGAGACUGUCUCCACUCCGACUAGCUUGGCGCCGCCGUCGGUGACCAACGCGGCGGAUGCUGCCGAGACGAGCAAGGCAUCCGCAUCCGUGUCCCGAGGCAUGCUCUUCACGUCCAUCUCGGCACCCACUGCCAUCCGCUCGGUCGAGAUUCCAAAGUCGCCGUCUCCAGAACCUGCCACCACUCCGUCUUUCCAACACGGUUCCGCACCGUCAAGUCAAGCCAAAGACACUGUUGUGGCGCUCACUCAAGGGUCAGACACGGGGGCUCGUGUCGAGUCUGGUGCUACCACCAGCCUGGCUGGGCCGGCUUCGUCACCCGCGUCCAAUACUAGCGCACUGCCCGCUGUCGGGUCCAGCACUGACUCGUCAGCGUUGCUGAUGCGUCUGGAGACACGGCACAACCGAGCUGCAUCCGUUGCUUCUGCCGGCGACAAAGACACUCAGCAUACGGGCAUCCCUAGCAGUGGAUCUGCUGGGGCAGACGCAGACGGUUUCGUCCGGCCCCUUACAUUUAGCGCAAGUCAGGCGACCACUCCCACUGCAGCUACUUUUGGAUCGUCAGCGCCGCUGCGGUCUCCUUCACUUGGACCUACGCGUGGGGCACAUGCACAGUCAGGCGGCCGACUCCCACCUUCCCCCUCUGGCUCGUCGAACUUCAAUCCCCCCAAGGCGCCUCGUGCAUUCAUGAGUCCUCCAGGCAACAAUCUGCCGCCGUCUUCCAUGAUGCCCGCAUCCUCCACUGUUGCCAGCUCUACCAGCACUACGGCACCGUCGCCGACGUCAGCGUCGGCACCGGGUCCCGGUCCGGGUUUGGGUUCGGGUCCGGCUGCAGCAACACUGUCUACGUCGUCUGCUGUCACUUCUACCCCAGCACGCGUUGGACAUACAGGUGCGGCCGCUGGAAUCGGCAACACGCCUUCCACUGGCAGCUCCGCUGGGUCAGCAGCGGCUCCACGCUAUCCCGCUCACGGUCUCACUUCGCCUACGCCGAUCUCCACCGCGUUGCCUGCCAACGCGUCUGGCGGCUACGCGUCGCGCAACUAUGCCGGUGUGCCGAAAGGCCCAGCCAGCAUGCGCGACACUGACCCGCGCGCAGAGGCGUGGGCAGAGGCACGAGAGGCGCGCGAAGUUCGCGAGGCACGCGGGGACUAUCCGCCGCGUCACUACGAAGCGACGCGAGAAGGCGCAGGGCGUGACAUGGGUUGGGGCGAGCGAUCGCGUGAUCCCUCUGGUGGUAUGGGUGAACGUGAAGGUGUCAGAGGUGGGUGGGGACGCGAACGUCGGGAUCUCGCUCAUUCGCGGCCGGGCUAUCGCAGGGACGAUCCAAACUAUGGACGUGACGAUCUGGGUUCGGGAGGCGGUGAGAUUGGCGGCGGCGGCGGCGACCACCCGCACUACGCUCCCUAUCGUCGUCCCUCUGCGACCGAAUAUGACGACGCUGUACGAGGAGGCGGAGCAGGUGGAGCACCGGUGUCGCCGUACGACCGACCAUCCGACCCGUACAACCGAGGAAUCGGCAUCCGCGGUCGAAGCCUCGGUCUCGGGGGGCCCGCCCCCAGCGGUCCUGGAAUGAACAGCGCCGCGCUCCCCCCGCCUGCAGGCCCACCGCGGGACACCGCGCGCGGCGAGUACAGAGACUACGACGACGUCGGCGGUGGCCCGGGCAGCGGCACCCAGGGCCACGCGCACCCGCGCGGCGGGUUCAGAAGCGGCGCCGGGUGGGGCGGUAGAGGCAGACCCCGUGGCAGAGGUCAUCCGGACGCAGGGAGGGGAAGAGGCGGCUGGAUGAGGUGA